AAUCAGUAUUACAUCAAACCAUGGCCUCGGAAGAAGAAAAUGUUUUGUAUCGAGGAGAGGGCAUUAGGAACCUUGUUCUGUCAAAUAUCAAGGAUAAACAAGUGUACAGAUUGCAGAAAAUUGUCCAGAGGUACAAAACUGAUGAAAUCCUUGAUGGGAACCAAAGUGAAACAGAAGAGGAGCGGUCAUUACAUAUCCACCAGAACCUCCAGGGAGUUGUUAACUACAUCCAUAAUGUCAUGCAACCCCUACUGUCCUCCGACUUUGUCUAUGUACCGAGGCUGACACAGAUACCAAAAGGAUUUGUGGAAAAAGUGGAAUCAGAGAUAGAGCAUUUAAGACCAGUUUAUAGAAAAAUCCAUGAUGAAGACUUCAAGACGAUAGACCCUGCCACCUGUUCGGCCCUUGUUUUACCAGAUCUAUGUUUUGUUGGAGAUUCUACAUCAUCAGCCCAUCCAAAACAGCAUUAUACUCCCACCAUAAGUGUUGAAAUCAAGCCCAAGAAGGGCUUCAUGCCAGCCCCAGAAUGCCUGGUAAAAGAAGACUCCAUCAAGGGAAAGGUCUGCAAGUUCUGUAUGCAUAAGAAGUUAAAGGUGAAGGAAGGUCGCUGGAACAAUAGCAGUCAUUACUGUCCUCUAGACCUAUUUUCAGGAGAUAGACAGCGAAUGAAGCACGCUUUACUGUCACUGUACGGUAUACCACAAAAUAACUUCAAAGUAUUUCAAGACGGAAGAGAAGUGUUCAGCGAUACAGUUAAGGAAGAUUUAACAGGAAUUUUACAUUCAUUCUUCGGAGAUUCUGUAAACGGCCUGAAAAAUGGACUUCAGAAACAGCAUGAGUUGCACGCGUUCCUAGAUCUGAUAGUUGAUGCCCUGUUGUCCGCCCCGGAGGGGAAAAAACCUCCACUAAUCUGCCACACUGAAUCAAACCAAGUCAUCCCCAGUAGCUGUGUUCAAACUAAUGGAGGGUCAGAGGGUAAAGGUCAUGACAGUAGUGAGGUCAAAAUCAUUAAUGGGACCAAGCUGUGCUCUUCAAACUUCUGUUCAAAGAGCAGUUAUCCAAAUAUUGAAAAUUCUCAAAAUGAUGCGUCUGUGAUGUUGUCUGCCCCAGAUUCUGUACUGGGACGGAUUCUAUGUACCCAAAAGUUGGAUGACAUGUCCGACAUUGAUGGGGUAUUCCCUCUCUAUCAGCGAGUCAAAGACCACCUUAAAGCCCACCCUGAGGACAGGUGUAAAUUUGGAGUUUAUGGUCCAUUCACCAAAGAGUUAUGGUUGGAGCCUUGUAUACAAAGUUUAGAUACGGAGGAUAAAGACAGUCUAGAGUAUGCUGUAUACAAGGUAAAGAGGUUCAUUGUUUCAAAAACCAUGCAAGACUGUUCAAUCAUGGUGGCCAUGCAGAGAUGUCCAUCUUGUUCACAGAGCAAGUCUGCUGGUGUUCCUCCCUUUCUCACCGACAACCAUGGACGCAGGUUCCACUGCUCAGUCAGCAUAAUCGACCUUGAUCCUAAGCCGUUCGACAAGUUAACCAAAUACAACCAACUGGAGAAAAAUAUUCUACAAGCGUACACAGAAUUGACAGCAUGAUGAAGGCUUGUAAGGCAACUGGUGUGUGGUCACUUUCACAUGUGUUCGUGUGGCUAUCUGUCAUACCAAGUUCAAGUGAUGUCAAGGUCACAAAAUGAGAUCAAGGUUACUUUGCUGAAAUCUGUUUUAUAAUUUUUUAAUUGUGAUAGUGAGCUAUCUAUUUCAUGGUUUACUGAUGAGAUUAUACUUCUUGCUGUAGUGAGCUGUAUUUCUUUAUUACAAAGAGCUACCUGUUAAUAGUGUACUUGUGAGAUUUCACUACUUGCUAUAGUGAGCUGUAUUUCUUUAUUAUAACGAGCUACCUGUUAAGAGUGUACUUGUGAGAUUUCACUACUUGCUGUAGUGAGCUGUAUUUCUUUACUGUAAUAAGCUUCCUUUUUCACAGUGUACUUGUGAGAUUUCACUACUUGCUAUAGUGAGCUGUAUUUCUUUAUUGUAAAGAACUACCUGUUUAACAGAGUACUUGUGAGAUUUCACUACUUGCUGUAGUGUGCUGUAUUUCUUUACUGUAAUAAGCUUCCUUUUUCACAGUGUACUUGUGAGAUUUCACUACUUGCUAUAGUGAGCUGUAUUUUUACUGUAAUAAGCUACCUGUUCCACAAUGUACUUGCAAAAUUUCACUACUUGCUGUAGUGAGCUGGUUUACAGUGUAAAGGUGGAUUUCACUACUUGUUGUAGGGAGCUUUUCACUAGUAUUCCAGUUCACUAGUGAACUACCAGUGUUGAGAAAUAAAACUCAUUAUUUGCUGUAGUGAAUUCAGUAAUAGUGAUAUUUCUCUACUUUCUGUUUCAUGGUGUACUAGUGAAAAUUCCCCUGCUGUAGUGAGCUGUAUGUUUCAUAGCUUACUAAUGAUAUUACACCUAUAAUGUGAUGGGUAAUAGUUCACAGUACACUCAUAAAGCAGUAUUACUCGCCUCCAAUAGUAAUACAUUAUUUAUGUAUUCAUAGUUGCCUAGCAGAAUUGGUGCUACAAAUGUUCUUUUCUCUCUAUAUAUGUUUUAUGUACAUGUAUACACAAUACUUAUAGUAUUAUUCACCGGAUUGGCUUGGCCAACUUGUCAAAUAGGUCUAAAUUCUAAUUGAAUAAAAAAUAGUGUUAUACUUUUCUGUCGUACAGGGUAGUGCUACAGUAUGGUUGUCUAAGACAACUUUUAUAUUUCUUAUUUAAUUAUCAAGAACAGUAUAUUUCUCUUUGCAGGGUAGUGCGAAAGUUAUCUACACAGUACAUGUAUUGCAUUUCUGCAAGUUCGAUGUGAUGAACUUCUUUUGAUACUGUCAUGCAUUCUGAAAACAGCAAAAAUAUCUGUGAUGUUGUUUUAAGUUGAUGUCUGGUGUUAAUUUGGUGUACAAAGUACACAUCUUUUUUUGUGAAUUUUGUUCAGGAUUUUCUAUGAUUUUUUUUUUUUAAUAAUCAUUAUUGUUGAACUAAUAUUUCUGCUUGUAGGAAACAGCAAUGACUAUUUAUUCCCCAUUCUUCAUGUCUAUACUACAUGUAAAAUCCAAACUGUUCAGUUUUAUUGGUAUGUAUUAAUUAUGUUAAUGCAACAAUUCAGUUAAACUGCAUCAGGGGGAUAGACGAAUGUUAAUCAAUAGCAGUAUGGUAUUUUAAGGGGAGCUAACUCUGACGGACUAAUGUUAAUCAAUAGCAGUAUGGUAUUUUAAGGGGAGCUAACUCUGACAGACUAAUGUUAAUCAAUAGCAGUAUGGUAUUUUAAGGGGAGCUAACUCUGACAGACUAAUGUUAAUCAAUAGCUGUAUGGUAUUUUAAGGGGAGCUAACUUUGACAGACUAAUGUUAAUCAAUAGCUGUAUGGUAUUUUAAGGGGAGCUAUCUCUGACAGACUAAUGUAAAUCAAUAGCGGUAUAGUAUUUUAAGGGGAGCUAACUCUGACAGACUAAUGUUAAUCAAUAGCUGUAUGGUAUUUUAAGGGGAGCUAACUCUGAAGACUGCAACAAUAAUUACAGGGGUCAGGAUAUAGGAUAAUAGGAAAUAGUGUUAUGAGAGAAAAUGUCACCAUAUAUACCAGUAAAUAAGUGUUAUAUACUAAAGGGUCUCGGGGGACUAUAUUAUUAAACUGUCUGAUAGAUUCAGGGGAAAUUCUGAAACUCUGACCUUUGACCCCUUCUUCAAGCCAGUUGGUUUUAAUGUCUGAAUUCUUGCAUUUACAUUAUAAUUACCCCAACACCACAAAUUUUUCAAAAGUAAUAAAGAUAUAAUCACAAAACUAGUGUAGCAAUCAUCAAGCUAAUGCUGCCAGACCCUUGUGGUUAAAUGUAUUUUGUAUUUAUUAUAUAUAUAUAUAUAUAUACAUGUAUGUCUCUACUAAAUGUAAACAAAUUUGCAUGUCUCAUUUAUUUUGUCACUGCAUGUUGACUAAUACAUUUGUAUAUUGAAAUUGUAUGUUUUGUUAUACUUUAUUGUAUAUUGUUUUUGUUCUUCAGUUUAAUUUUAUAAGUUUCAAAUAAAUAUGAACUUGUAAAUUUUGGAUGUUACUGUACAUCUUUUUAAUACAAAUCUGACUUAAUUGUAUUGUAUAUUAUAAAUAUGAAUAUACGUUUAAAUUAUUUUUCUCUGAAUAUAGUUACUAAAAUGUGAAACUCGAGAGUCUCAAUUCCUAUAAAUUAUGAAGUUUUCAAGUCGAUAUGCACAAUGACAUUAUGCAUUUAUUUUGUUUUUGGAGAAAGAGUAGUAUUGCUGAAUCAGUAGAUUUAUUGAUUGUCUGUAAACUUGUGAUGUCAUACUCAGGGGGAAUAACUCCGCUUUACCAAGUAAUAAUAGGAGGUGCUGUACCACCACAUACAAGGGACGAGUUAAAUCAUCAGCUAUUUACUAUAGUCAGGAUAUUCCACCUUAUUUGAUUACAUAUAUGAAUAAAUGACCAAUCACUAACAUGCUUCUAAGGAAGACAUACGUCAACGUCUAGUUUCUGUGGUCGAAACCAAAUUUAAGUUGGAGGUUGAACUUAAGUCAAAUAGACAUAUGCAUCCUAACUUUUUGUUUCUUUAAACAUGUGAAUUACAUGUCACCAAAGUGUGUUUGCUCCAACUUUAGACACUAGCUAAUGAUUAUUUGAUCUAUUUCAUUCUCGACAUGUGAAUUAUAUAAAUGUUUGAAAUGAUUUUAAUUAGAUGUUUUGUGAGUUAUUCGCUGUUGAAGUAAGUUCAUGGGAGUAUAUUUUAAUUGGUAAAAAAGAUUGAGACAUUGGAGAUGAAAUCCAUUAUUUGUGUAUUUUAAUUGAUGCAUGAUUGUUGUAAAGUGUUUGUGAUAUAGUACAUAUGUCUGUGCAUGCUUUCUUAUAUAUAAAACAUUAAGAGCCCGUUGAUAAUGGAUGUUUAUACAGUUAUGUAUAUUUGUAUAUUGUAAGUAUAUUGACAACCAAAUUAUCUCUAAGUCAUAUGUUGAACAGAUAUCAGAAGCCCUCAGGAAAUUAAAGGACUUAAGAAGUUAUUUUUAUAGAAUUGUAGAGAAUCUAACAAAAUUUUCUUAAACAUUAGGGUUUUUUUUUUUUUUAGAAAAAAGUAUUACAACAUACAUUGUAAAUUGAACAAAGAAUGUGUAGACAUACAGGAAUAUUUUCGCUGUAAUGUUAUUUCCCAGAUAUUCAUGUGAAAGUAAUUUCCACAUGAGAGCUAACAUAUCUAGUCAAGUAAUACAACCGGAUUGUGUUAUAAACUCAAUCAUUUUAUAUUGUAAAGUUGUUUUACUGCGUAAAAUCAAAUCAGUCUUGUCGAUGAAUUAUUGAAUUUGUGAAUGACAUCCUCUUCCUUCCAGAAUACCAUCCCAGUAUUGUUUGUAUUUUAAUGACAAAACAAAUUCUGACUGGCUCUAUUUGAAAUGGAUUUAUUCUUUCUGGUUAAAUUUAUACAAAAUUUAGUCUGAUGUAUAGUAAGAUAUAUCGUCUGUGUCAUACUUUAAGUGACAUUUUGUCUGUUGGUAUAUAUAUUAGCACAAAGAGAAAUUAAGAAAAUUAGUCUAAUUGUGUGUAAUGUUGAGAAACCUGUAAUUGUAUUAUAACCCGACAAUAACAAGGGUAACUAUCUCCAUCAUCAUCCGGUAAAAUUUGCGAGGAUGUGGCCGUCACAAAACACUGAUUUGAUUGAUUGAUAUUUUUCGUGUCACAAUAUCAUAGACUAGCCAGGUAUGGCUUUACCAACAAAGUUGCACAAAAUGGCCGCUCUAUACCAAAUGGUUUUUUUUUAUCUCAAAACAAUGCAUCUUUACUUUUAGAAGUGAUGUACUUGUAUAUACGUUAUGAAGUUAAUUGUCUCAAAAUACAUUCUUGAUGAAGGAGAAAAUGACAUAUCUGUAAAAUUUUGACAUAUGAGAUUACAGACAUAUCAAUAAAAAUACACUAGCCAAUCGAAGCUCUCACUGAGGGUGUUAGUGGGGGAAUUUAUUAAGCUCUCACUGAGGCUGUUAGUGGGGGGAUUUAUUUAGCUCUCACUGAGGCUGUUAGUGGGGGGGAUUUAUUUAGCUCUCACUGAGGCUGUUAGUGGGUGAAUUUAUUUAGCUCUCACUGAGGCUGUUAGUGGGGGAUUUAUUAAGCUCUCACUGAGGCUGUUAGUGGGGGAAUUUAUCAAGCUCUCACUGAGGCUGUAAGUGGGGGAGUUUAUUAAGCUCUCACUAAGGCUGUUAGUGGGGGAAUUUAUCAAGCUCUCACUGAGGCUGUUAGUGGGGGAAUUUAUUUAGCUCUCACUAAGGCUUUUAGUGAGGGGAUUUAUUUUAAAACAAAAGUGACAAAACCUUGAUACUAUGUCACUUUGCUUAUUGUCAAUAUAUUUCCAUGAUCAUUUUUUUUCAAUUUCUGUAUACAUCUAAUUGAAUGUAUUGUAAAAUCCCUGCAUAAUAUAUAUUUUUGGCUGUAAUCAUGGGGGCAUUGUAACAGGAUUGGCCUGGACAUCGAUGACAAGUGCAUGUAACAGAUAAUACUGAGAUUAAAUUCUA